UUUUUUGACGAGUGAAUCUCGUAUGGUAUGUGUUGAAUUCCUCCAAAACUAAGAAAAGCAAUAAAAGCAAAAACACUACAUAAAACAAAACAAAAGGGAAAUACGAAUACCCCAUAAACCAUAAAGAAAAAGAAACAGCAGCACCACCAAUUCCAAAAAAGAAAGCAAAAGGAUUAUUAAGCACACCUUCAUUCUCGAUCCUCACCUUUCUUUUUAGCAGCGAUGGCCUUCACAUUCAAAGCGGUGGCGCUGUUGCUCGCCGCCACCUUCUCCGCGGCGGCAGGUACGUGGUGCGUGGUGAGGAGCGACGCAACCGAAGUGGCUAUGCAAAGAGCUCUGGACUACGCAUGCAGCGGCGGCGCCGACUGCGCGCCCAUUCAGUCUUCCGGCCUCUGCUAUCUUCCCAAUACUUUGCCGGCACACGCUUCCUAUGCCAUCAACAGUUAUUACCAGCGCCGGAGGGCCAACGACCCCACCGCCUGCUCUUUCGCCGGUGCCGCCGCCAUCGCUGCCACUGAUCCAAGCUAUGGAUCUUGUGUUUACCCCUCAUCUCCAAGUUCUACUGUCAAAGAAAAACGAAAGGCAGAAAAGGAAAAAAGAAAAGAUAGAUUUUGUAUAUUAACCAAAGAGCACAUACAGCCUAAACAUUUCCAGGAGUAUGUUUUAUACAAUGCAGGAGGGGCGGUGCCGAGGCCUACCGGCACAAAUAUUCCGAGCACAAUGCCGACUCUAACUCAACCACCUCCGCCACCCACGGCGCCUUUGUAUGGUGGUGGAGGGAUGGGAAGUGUAGUGGCCGAGUCCCCUAUGUCUAAUGCUUCACAAACUUGCUUGUUGAAAACAAGUAUAUUCUACAUCACUUGUGUGAUUUUUUUGCUCGUUUUUCUUCCAAACCUCCAUCUAUAGGAACUACAUUUGUUAAAUGUGAAGAGACUAGGUUAGCUCAGGCUCAGCUUGCAUCAUAACGUUGGCCCCAAUCUUAUUUUUUAUUGAAGUUUUUUAUGUCUUCAAAAUUCACACCUGCUGCAAUCCGUAUUGUAUACAUGUUCACUCCUAUUCAAUAGCUUGCACGCAUCAAUGUUGCUCUUUUGUUGGCUC